GGAGCACACGUUCUUCCACCUCCGUCAAACCUGAAAUACUCAUUUAUCCAAAUCUGCACCCUGAACUGGACGUGGAACCCCCCAGAGAACGUCAGCAGUAGCUGUGACCUGGAAUAUUCCAGCGACAUCGUGAUUGAUGAGGUCCCUCUGCAAAAAAGAGAAUGGAGCAAGAGUCGCUUCCGUGUGACGGAGAUGUUCCUGAAUGAGGAAAUGCGGUUCAAAGUGAGAAGCGAAUGCAAGAGCGGCAACGCCAGCGAGCCCAGCCGAUGGGUGGAGACCUCCUUCCUGCCAACAGGUAUUCCAGGUACUGCUGCUGUUGGUUUGAAAUGUGUUUGGCACAAUUUGGAGUACAUGGAUUGUUCGUGGCGUCCCGGGGAGAACGCAAGCAGUGAUACCAAUUACACCUUGUUCUACUGGUUUGACGGUUUGAAAAACCCUGAGAAGUGCAACAACUAUUCUAUGGACCACAGAAGAUGCAUUUUCAGUCUUACCUUCCCCAAGGUCACCAAUACUUACCCAACUAUAAGUAUUUUGGUUAAAGAUGAUUCUGAAGACAUUAGGCCUACGUGUGCAAGUAAAAAUCCUACCACCCUUGUAAGGCCUGCUACACCAAGAAGACUUACGCUGUCAAAGACUAAUGAUGAAAUAUAUGUAGAGUGGAGUGAAUCAGACACCUUCACAGAAAAUUGUUUAUUUUAUGAAGUUGAAUAUCACAAUGGUGAUUUGGACACUGCUCAGAUAAUUCAAGUUGAAAAUAAUUACAUGACAAUUCCUAGCGUUGAUCCUAACAGCAAAUACACCUUCAAAGUGAGAGCAAACCCAAAGCCUGAGUGUUACAGCAGCAAGCUCUUCAGUGACUGGAGUGAAGAGCAGAGUAUUGGUGAGAAGACGGACUCUACCUUCUAUUUGGUUUUAAUCAUCACCAUUCCAUUAAUAGUAGCAGUAUCUACGAUAAUUCUGCUAGUUUAUCUGAAAAGGCUGAAGAUAUUAAUUCUUCCGCCGAUUCCAGACCCUAGAGAAAUUCUGAAGCGCAUGUUUGGAGAGCAGAAUGAGGACUCCCAGAACUGUGCAAAGGAUGACUCUAUGAACGCUUACGACAGGUUAGCUAAGGAAGAAGAAAUUAAUUCUCUAAUUUUAACGGAAACUCCAGUCUGUGCUAAUCCUGAGAAAGAAACCCCAUAAACUCUGCUUUACCAGUCAAAAGAUGAGGACACUUUCAUUCCUGCUCCUGUACCGUGUAGAUGUGAAGAGGCCUGCAAGACAGUCACCAACUCUGACCUGACUGAGUCCCUUCUGAGCCUUACUUCUGUGAUGCUCAGAAGAUACUUCACUAGCAGUGGUCAUUCCUCCAUCUCUGCUAGAAAUACUCAUCUUGGAUCAUUCAAGAGGAGCGUGUAGAUACCUCUCCUCUGACUGCACUGCAGCAUCUCUCGUCCUGGCUCCAGCCAGCUCUGCCCUAUUACUUGUGUUUGUGCCUCACCUUAGACCGUUAAAUGGGUUUUUUUGGAGCAAGCACUGGGACUUCUCUGAAGCAUUUGGCUGGAUUUUGCAGCAGGUGAGAGGAGGCUCAUUUACAGUAGAUGGGCCGUUAUUGACGCUACGUGGAGCUACUGCCAGAGCAUGGACCUUCGAGGGUGGCCUCUUGUGUUUGCUCUGGGGCAGGGUGCUUUUCAGAGGGCAUUGAUGGACUGACCUUCUUAUGCUUCUGUUUGAUGUGUGUGUCACCUGUGGCCUGGUUAA